CCACACGGCUCCGCCCCUUCCCCUCCCCGCCUCCCUCGGCCAGCCGAGGGGAGCUCAGCCUCGUCUCGGGGAGAGAGCCCGGGGCCGCGGGCUCCGGCCAGGAGUGGAUAUCAUAUUUUACAAGAUGUAGUGCUGUAAUGUGGCUGAUGGGACAGGUUCAGUCAUGGCAUCAGAACUUUGUAAGACAAUCUCUGUGGCGAGGCUGGAAAAGCACAAGAAUUUGUUCUUAAAUUACAGGAAUCUGCACCAUUUUCCAAUGGAGUUACUGAAAGAUGAGGGCCUGCAGUACUUGGAAAGACUCUAUAUGAAAAGAAACUCCCUAACAACCUUGCCAGAAGAUCUUGCUCAGAAGCUUCCAAACCUUGUGGAAUUGUACCUUCAUUCAAAUAAUAUAGUUGUUGUACCUGAAGCCAUUGGUUCCCUUGUAAAGCUUCAGUGUCUGGAUCUGAGUGACAAUGCCUUGGAAAUUGUCUGCCCAGAGAUUGGUCGUCUAAGGUCCUUACGUCACCUUCGGUUAGCUAAUAACCAACUAAAAUUCUUACCUCCAGAGGUUGGAGAUUUGAAGGAACUACAGACACUAGACAUUUCUACCAAUCGUUUGCUAACUUUACCGGAGAGGCUUCAUAUGUGCCUUUCUCUGCAGUAUUUGACUGUGGACCGAAAUCAUUUAUGGUGUGUACCUCGCCAUCUUUGCCAACUUCCUAGCCUCAAUGAACUCUCCAUGGCUGGAAACCGUCUUGCAUUUUUGCCACUUGAUUUAGGUCGAUCUCGAGAACUACAAUAUGUGUAUGUGGAUAACAACAUUCACCUGAAAGGCCUGCCUUCCUAUUUAUAUAAUAAGGUCAUCGGUUGCAGUGGCUGUGGCUCUCCCAUUCAGUUUUCAGAGGUGAAGCUGCUUUCAUUCUCAUCAGGGCAAUUAACUGUUUUCCUCCCAGCGGAGGUUAAGUCUAUAGGGACAGAAACAGACCAUGUCCUGCCUCUGCAAGAAUUAGCCAUGAGAAGUUUGUAUAACAGCUACUACAAGCUAAUAAAAGAUUUGAACUUCCUGUCUCCAAUAUCAUUACCCAAAAGUCUCCUGGAGCUGCUACACUGCCCUCUGGGACAUUGUCACCGUUGUAGUGAGCCAAUGUUUACUAUUGUCUACCCAAAGCUCUUUCCCCUGAGAGAAACACCAAUGGCGGGGCUGCACCAGGGGAGGACAACUGUGAGUUUUGUAGCUUACUGCUGCUCCACCCAGUGUCUGCAGACUUUUGACCUACUGAGUUGAUAAACACUUAAAACUGCUCAGGAGUGGGGCCAGCUUAACGCUGUAUUAGACUGCAUAUCCCAUUGGAUCCUGGAAUACUGUUUGUGUGCCAAAGCAGCAGAAGUGCCCAGUCAGGAACACUAAUAGGCACUUAAAUCUUGCCCUAUCAAAUUUGGAUGAACUGCAGAAAUCCUUUGGAAAUGUAAUGAUCAAGCUUUAGAGAUAGAAUGCAUUCACCCCUCCCCCACGUUGGAAUAUAAUCCAAAAAAUUUUAAGGA